AUGCUCACCAAAGGACUCAUCAUCCUUGGAUCAGCCCUUCCUGUCUUUGCAGAUUCGUUAGCUGUGCGUCAGAGUUCAUCUCUUGAGGCAUGCCCUGGUUACACUGCCAGCAAUGUUCAAGACGAUGGUGCUAGGGUCACAGCAGAUCUUGCACUUGCUGGAACAGCUUGCAACGUGUAUGGGCAAGAUUUGACAGAUCUGAGGCUGGAAGUCGAGUAUCAGACUGAAAACCGACUCCACGUCAAGAUUUUCGAUGCUGCCGAACAAGUCUACCAGAUCCAGGAAUCGAUCUGGCCAAGGCCUAAUAGCGAUGAUAAUGUUGAUCCAGAGAAUUCUGCUCUGAGUUUCUCUUGGACUGCAAGCCCGUUCUCGUUUGCCAUCACUCGUAGAGAAACAAACGAGACGCUCUUUGACACCUCGGCUGCCAGCCUUGUGUUCGAAUCCCAGUACCUUCGCCUUAGGACCAGUCUACCUGAUUCAGCCCAUCUCUACGGUCUCGGAGAGCAUACGGAUCCGUUCCAAUUGAACACCACCAAUUAUACCAGGACACUUUGGAAUCGAGAUGCCUACGGAACACCAGGCGGAAGCACUUUGUAUGGUUCUCAUCCCGUCUACUUCGACCACCGAGGCGAGAACGGUACCCAUGCUGUCUUUUUGGCUAGCUCUCAGGGCAUGGACAUCAAAAUCGACGAUUCAAAUGGCACUUAUCUCGAGUACAAUACGCUUGGUGGCAUCGUUGAUUUGUACUUUUUUGCUGGUUCCUCUCCGAAGGAAGUCAGUGUUCAGUACUCUGAGCUUUCUGGUCUCCCCGCUAUGAUGCCUUACUGGGGAUUCGGAUUUCAUCAAUGUCGGUAUGGCUACCGCGAUGUUUGGGACGUUGCCGAGACAGUCGCCAACUACUCUUUGGCCGAUAUUGCGCUCGAGACAAUGUGGACCGAUAUCGACUAUAUGGAGCUUCGCAGACUUUUCACCUUGGACCCGGAACGCUACCCGCUUGAAAUGGUGCGAGAACUCGUUGACUACUUGCACCAGCAUCAGCAGCACUACAUUGUUAUGGUAAAUUCCGCAGUCUGGCGUGGCAACGGUAGCGCAUACAAUGCAGGCCUCGAGCUCGACGUUUUCCAGAAGAGAAGCAACGGUUCUAUCUUCGAGGGAGCUGUUUGGCCCGGGCCAACAGUUUUCCCGGACUGGUCGAAUCCCAGUUCACAGCAGUACUGGGAUGAACAAUUCGAAUCUUUCUUUGAUCCUGCAGCAGGCGUUGAUAUCGAUGGACUCUGGAACGACAUGAACGAGCCAGCCAACUUCUGCCCUUACCCUUGCGUGAAUCCUGAAGCUUACUCGGACGAAUCUAAGAACCCCCCCGAGCCACCAGCGGUCCGUGAAAACGCCGGUGGUCGCACCAUCCCAGGGUUCCCAGCCAGCUUCCAACCUCAAUCAUCUUCAGCAAAGCGCUCAAUAAACUCUCAGUAUGCUCCAAGCACUAAGCGAUCUGUCUCUGCGCGCCAAUCCAACGGAACUGCCAAAUUUCUCGGCCUACCAGGUCGUGAUUUGAUCAACCCCGGGUACCAGAUUGACAACGCUGCCGGAAGCAUCAGCAACCACACUUUGGACACUGAUAUUCUGAACUACGAUGGCACAUACCACUAUGACACCCAUAACUUCUGGGGCUCGCAGAUGUCUAUUGCCUCUCGAGAAUCCAUGCUGAAGCGACGCCCUGAGAGCCGCCCACUGCUAAUCACGCGAUCCACCUUUGUCGGCCUUGGAAAGUAUGUAGGUAAAUGGCUCGGCGAUAACGUCAGUCUAUGGGAGCAGUACCGCUUCAGCAUUGCUGGCGUCUUGAACUUCGCCUCCAUCUAUCAGAUACCUAUGGUAGGAACCGAUAUUUGCGGUUUUGCCGGCAACACGACCGAAACCCUCUGUGCGCGAUGGGCCGCUUUGGGAGCAUUCUAUCCAUUCAUGCGCAACCACAACGGCGAUACCUCCAUUUCUCAGGAAUUCUACCGCUGGCCGCUGACCAUCGCGGCGGCGCGCAAAACCAUUGCUGUCCGCUACCGUCUACUGGAUUAUCUAUACACUUCCUUCCACCGCCAGACCGAGACCGGUCUCCCUGUGCUCAACCCUCUAUUUUUCCACUACCCCGAGGACGCAAACACCUUUGCCAUCGAGCACCAAUUCUUCUACGGCGACGACAUCCUCGUCUCGCCCGUUCUCGAGGAGAACAGCACAAGCGUGAGCAUCUACCUGCCCAACGCCGUCUUCUACGACUACUGGACGCUCCAGCGCAUCCAAGGAAACGGCUCCUACGUCAACCUCACAAACAUCGGCUUCGACUCUAUUCCCCUGCACAUCCGCGGCGGCGCUAUCCUGCCCCUGCGCGCCGAAUCCGCGAACACCACCACGGAGCUGCGUAAGCAAGACUUCGUCCUUUGGAUCGCGCCCAAUGCGACUAACCAGGCCUCCGGCACUCUGUACCUCGACGACGGCGACAGUAUUGAGCAGGCUGCUACCAGCAAUAUUGUCUUUACGUACGAUAACGGUGCUUUUAGCAUGACGGGUGAUUUUGGCUACGAUGCUGGUGUGAGCAUCAAGAAUAUCACUGUCCUUGGGACUGGGCAGAGUGUACAGGGUCCUGUGGCGCUGACAGGUGCGUACAGUCAUAGGUUCAAUGCUACAGGGACUGGUUCGUCGCUUCGGGAGUUCACUGGUGCGGCGAGUAAGGUAGGUGUAGGUGCACUGAUGGGUGCUGUUGCGGGCGCGGCUAUGUUGGUGUUGUAGACGUGAGAAAUCAAAGAAGGAUUAGUUUG